AUGCGGAGCGCCAAAAUUAUCCAUUCCUCAUCAAGAGAGGUUCCUAUCGAUAUCGGCACCCCAAGCGGACUGGGCAGGUGCAGCAUUUGCCGCCAACUUUUCCCUGUAUUCACUGAUUAUGAAGCUCACAUUGAAGACGGUUGCUGCUUAAAUACACCUCCCAUCCUAGUCUGCCCUAUCCAUGUUGAAAUGUCCGACUCGGGUAACAUUCCACUAAACUACGAUCUCUCGCCUAUACCUAAGUGUGAAACGGCUGCAAAAUCACGGGUAAUGAUUUGUUCUUUGUGUCACGAUGAUCGAUUUGCAUCGGUGACAAAGUUUCAUGAGCAUAUAAUCGAUUGUGCAAGAAAAUUGGCUGCUUGUAGUGAGUACUGA